GCACACACACCAACACUCACAUACACCCCCGUACACACACACCAACACACACACACCAACACACACGCAACACAAACACACCAGCACACACACCAACACACACACCAACACACACACACCAACACACACGCCAACAUAAACACACCAGCACACACACACACCAACACAUACACACACAUCAACACACACACCCCAACACACGCACACACACCAACACUCACAUACACCCCCGUACACACACCCCAACACACACACACACACCAACACUCACAUACACCCCCGUACACACACCCCAACACACACACCAACACACACGCCAACACAAACACACCAGCACACACACACCAACACACACACCAACACACACACACCCCAACACACGCACACACACCAACACUCACACACACCAACACUCACAUACACCCCCGUACACACACCCCAACACACACACACCAACACACACGCCAACACAAACACACCAGCACACACACACCAACACACACACACCAACACACACACACCCCAACACACGCACACACACACACCCCAACACACGCACACACACCAACACUCACAUACACCCCCGUACACACACCCCAACACACACACACCAACACACACACACACACACACACACACAUACACACACACGUUUUCCAGAGUGAACAACAUUUCAAUAGCAGUCUGUCACGUUCCCAAGCUUGAGUAUUUCCCAGUGGUAGGAAGUCAAAGAGGAGGACCCUGUGGGCUUGGAGAGACACCCACUAGGUGGCCCCACAUGUCAUGGUCAUUUGUAUUACUGGGAACUACAGUUCUGUUGCUGGGUGGUUUGAAGAGAUCAUCCAUCCAGUCUUGCGGUUACUGCCAAAGGCCAGGAUUUGCUAAUCAGGUUUGCCCAUUACAGAUGCGUGAGGGUUUGUAAGGCGAGGUCCUCCCAGCUUGUGUGGUAUUGGUGUGUUCAGUUGUGGUUCUCCUGUUUGUGACUUAAUAUUUGAGCCUUUGUGGACAUCUCCACUUAGGAGGGAAAGAAGGUUCUAUGUGAAUUACAUGCACACGCGUGAGGAUUGUUAGAUCAGAGGAUCCCUGCCACAUCUAUGUCUCCUAACUGGCUUCUGAGGUUAGACCAUGUGAGCAUACCUCCCCCCAAACAAAGCCAGCCUGUCACGAACUGGGUCUGUGUACUGUAGACAAACUGGGUAAUUGGCCUCUCCGCCUCCUCACCCAAAACAAACACUCGCAAACGCCCGCCUCCACGCUGGCAGGAUCUGCCUGUCAUCUGGGCACCCCGCUCCUUCUCUGGCUGUCUCCGACCCUGUAGACGCGGUAGGCCUUGCCCUCGCUCGCCCGGGUCGCCACAGCCUCCGUCUCGGGAGCGCGUGGGCGUCUGCCAAGGUGUGGAAGCUGCGGGAAGGAAGUACGGGGAGCUGGUGUCCUCCGGCUGGAGCUCUGCUUCUGGGGACCGCUCGCCUGCGCGGGUGACGGCGGCCGGCGUGCAGAUUCGCCCGGUUCUUUCCGCGGAGCCAGGCGUGGACGUCGCUGCCCCGCUGACACCCAAGGGACCGGGAGAAGCCAGCGGGCGUCGGCAGGAGCCCGUGCAGAACGAGAUGGAGGCUGCGAGAGGGGACGUGCGGGCCGGCGCCGUGUAGCCCGCGGGCCCCGGGUCUGGACCUUGUCGGGACGCUUUGGGGGCGUGCGAGCAGGGCCCUCCCCCGGGCUGCCAUGGAGGUGCCCAAUGUCAAGGACUUCCAGUGGAAGCGCCUUGCUCCACUGCCCAGUCGCCGGGUCUACUGCUCACUGCUGGAGACCGGGGGGCAGGUAUAUGCCAUCGGGGGAUGUGAUGACAAUGGCGUCCCCAUGGACUGCUUCGAGGUCUACUCUCCCGAGGCCGACCAGUGGACCUCCCUGCCCUCUUUGCCCACAGCCCGCGCUGGGGUAGCAAUUACUGCCCUAGGAAAGCGGAUUAUGGUGAUCGGGGGUGUGGGCACCAAUCAACUGCCUGUGAAGGUCGUGGAAAUGUACAAUAUCGAUGAGGGCAAGUGGAAGAAGAGGAGCGUCCUGCGUGAGGCUGCCAUGGGCAUUUCUGUCACAGCCAAAGAUUAUCGAGUGUAUGCCGCAGGAGGGAUGGGCCUGGACCUACGUCCUCACAACUACUUACAACACUAUGACAUGCUAAAGGACAUGUGGGUGUCACUAGCACCCAUGCCCACCCCAAGAUAUGCUGCCACCUCCUUCCUCCGAGGCUCCAAGAUCUAUGUGCUGGGGGGACGACAAUCUAAGUAUGCAGUCAAUGCCUUCGAGGUCUUUGAUAUAGAGUCUCGGUCCUGGACCAAGUUCCCCAACAUUCCCUGUAAGCGGGCCUUCUCCAGCUUUGUGACCCUGGACAACCACUUGUACAGCCUGGGAGGCCUGCGGCAGGGUCGUCUGUACCGGCAGCCCAAGUUCCUCCGGACAAUGGAUGUGUUCGACAUGGAGCAGGGGGGAUGGCUGAAGAUGGAACGCUCAUUUUUCCUCAAGAAGCGCCGGGCAGACUUUGUGGCUGGUGGCCUGAGCGGACGGGUCAUAGUGGCCGGGGGCCUUGGAAACCAGCCCACUGUCCUGGAGACAGCAGAAGCAUUCCACCCUGAGAAGAACAAGUGGGAGGCCCUCCCCCCCAUGCCCACGCCCCGCUGUGCCUGCUCCAGCAUCGUCUUCAAGAACUGCCUCCUGGCCGUGGGGGGUGUCAGCCAGGGACUGAGCGAUGCGGUAGAGGCACUGUUUGUCUCUGACUCCUAGCUGGCCCGAGCAGCACCUUUGCCUGGACAGCGUCACUCCACUCCUGACAUGAGGAAUGGUCUCAUCAAAGCACUUUGGACGACUUCCUCAGCCUCCAGGUCUUGUUAGGAGACAGCGAGGUCAAGCCCUGGGGCUCUCCCUCUAAACGUGCAAUCUCAGAAAGUAUAGCCGAUUCCAACAGUCAGUGCUGGGCUGUGGACUGGGAAGAAACCUCACUCAGUGAUCAGAUAUUGCAAGGCAUGGGAAAGUUCCCUCCUCUCCCCUGCCUCCUGGGGUGGAGGGCAGUUGUCACCCAGAGGGGAAGCCAUUGCUGUCCUUCCCUAUCUCUGAGGUAGUCUGAGUGUCAUGAGGUAAACUAACGAAGAACAGGGCACCCCAACCCUUGUUUCUCUUUGGUUGAUGGUCCCAUAUAGAAGUCAGCUGUGGGCCUGCUCCAGAUCUCACCUACUUAUCAGGAAUUGAGCUGGAAGCUAGGGCAGUUGGGUAGGAAGGAAGUUGGAGGCUCGCACACCAGGCCAACAGCUUGGGCAGAAAGGACCCUUCCUCUCAGGUCCCUGGUGAUGGAGCGUCAAUAUCUUCUGUAUUCUGUCUUCCGCCACCUUCUCCCAGCCUGAGGCCUGGCUACUCUGUGCCCAACAGCUCUCAGAGUGUUUCUGUGUGAGACUGUCUCAUUUACACUGUGGCUUCCAAAUCCACUAAGGGUGGAUUAAUUGCACCCUGGUUAAUAACAGCAGCACAAUUGA